GGGGGGGAAUGAUGGAGGAACCUCCCGCUGCUGCGACUCCCACCGGCUCCUGCCGGAAGUGACGCGAUGGCCGGCCGGCCCGUGCGCCAGAAGUUUCUGGUGACUAGAGCAGCUCUGCUAUAGGAUCUUUGCUGGUGACAGCUCGGCGUUCCGGUACGCGGCUGCGCGCUCGCUGCUGGUGCCGAGCCGAGCCGCUCAAUGAUCACAGAGCUCUAUGAUCUUUGGCUCCGAGCACCGGGCGAACGGCCCGCCCUCACCCCCUCCCUCCCUCCCCCCAUGGCCGCCUUGUGAGCCGCGGCUUCGACACCUUCCGUUGUUCCUCGUGCCCACGGUUAUUUUCUAGAAGGUUCCGGAACAGCUCGAUGGUUCUCUCCAGGAAGUCGGCUCUUUCUCCGCAGAGCCAAGGAAGGGAUGGAGGCCAGUGAGCCCCGGGAAUGUACGGCAGCAGCUGCGGCGGCGGCGGCGACCGGCGGCGGCGGCGGCUCUCCCCCUCGGACCACCGCCGACAUGCGGGACCGCGGCAGGGAAGACGGUGACUUCAAGCAGGAAAGCAUUCUCGGUGACAAUGAAGUGAAGAGUACAGCAGUGGUAAAAUAUUCUGCUGUCCCACCUCCAGCUGCUUAUGCACGACUUCAAGAAAAAACUGACCUUAAACUGCCACCUGCAAAUUGGUUACGUGGAAUUAGUCAGCUUGGACAAACUGGUGCAACCUCACUUGGUACAAGCAAAAAAAGCAAGCCAUUUGCCAGCUUUGGAAUGGCAUAUGACUUUAUUGACUGCAUCGGCAAUGAUGUUGACGUUGUGUCUGAUUCGGAGAACAUUAAAAAGUUGCUGAAGAUUCCAUAUAGCAAAUCACAUGUCAGCAUGGGUGUUCACCGCAUUGGAAGGACCCUCCUGCUUGAUGAAUUAGAUAUUCAGGAACUCUUUGUCACCUCAUCUCAGACUGGAGAUUGGAAUUGGUUAAAAGAAUUAUAUCAAAGGCUUGUGGAUCCAAAAUGGCAGAGGAAAAAAAAGAGCAGAGAACAUUUUUAUCAAAAAGCAAUUCUUUCCAAAUUUCUCUAUUAUAGCAUCAAUGGGGAUUGUGCAGCAGAAGCCGUUCCAACUCCUAUAGUGCAGCCUGAGGAAAAUCAAAUAGAAGUAGAGGAAUCGUGGCCUGCACCUCUGAGAACCCCUGCUUCUGUCCCUGAAGAUGGAAAUCCUCAAGAGCAGGGGAAUGUUCCUCUGGGAGCCACAUAUGUAUUAGAGCAGGUGGCCUCUACCCCGAACGAACAAAACCUGAUUACUUUUUUGAAUGAAGGGGAAAACAGUCAGGGGCUGAAAAAUGAUUUUGUGAGGAAUAUUCUAUGGACAUUUGAAGAUAUCCAUAUGCUUGUGGGUUCAAAUAUGCCUAUUUUUGGUGGUGGAAAAUAUCCAGCUGUCAGCUUAAGACUCAGAGAUAGCAACAAACCAAUUAAUAUAUUGACGGGAAUCGACUAUUGGCUAGAUAAUCUAAUGUGCAAUGUUCCAGAACUGGUCAUGUGCUUUCAUGUUAAUGGGAUUGUACAGAGAUAUGAAAUGAUAAAGACAGAAGAUAUCCCCAAUUUGGAUAAUUCCAGCUUCUCCACAAAAGUAGUUAAGGACAUUGCUCAGAAUAUCCUAUCAUUUCUGAAGGCAAAUUGUACUAAAGAAGGACAUACGUAUUGGCUUUUUAAAGCAAGCGGAAGUGAUAUUGUAAAACUUUAUGACCUGACAACACUUUGUGAAGAAACAUCCGAAGACAAAUAUCAAAAUCCUUUUACAAUGCCUGUGGCAAUCUUACUGUACAAGGUUGCUAGCAACAUGAUGAUGAAGAAAGUUCAAAACAGAAAACAUUACGGUAUCAUAAGAAUGCUCUUGUUAAAUUGCAUUAAAUUACUGGACAAAGAAAGGCAUCCUCAGUUUGUGCAGUUUAUUGCAUCAGCCAAUUACAUGAUCUCAGAACUUUUCCAACUGAAUGAGCCCCCAAAACAAGAUGAAAAUGGAUCAACCCUGAAUGAAAAUUCUGAUGAUAGUUAUAGUGAAGAUGAGGAUAUUCCAGAGGACAGUGAUGAUAAUGGUUCAUUCAGCAAUGGUUCUGAUCCUUCAGAUGAUAACAAAGCCAUUGCUGUCAUUCGAUCUGUUGGCGAGUUGUCUGUACCUGAAAAGUAUAAAUCGACACAUCAGAUAAGGCCCAGCUGUGCCUUCCCGGUUUGUCGUGACACAGAGGAACGAUGUAGAGUUGUUCUCAAUUACGUUCUGGAGGGAUUGAAAGCUGUUGAUGGGAGUAUUAAAAAGGAAAGUGAUCUCCCAGCUGCUGACCCUAGUAUUCCAAUCCCGCUGAAGUAUGCAGAUGAAUCUGAAUGCACAGGUCAUGAAGCUCUUCAGAAACAAAUUGCUCUGUUUUUAGACAAAGUCGGUCCUGUUCAUGCAACAAUUAAACUUCCCAGUCAGUCUGGAAUGAUACCAAACACGUGGCAAUAUCAAAUGAAACUAAACCUCAUCUUUAAAGCUUCAAGGGCUUACUUUGUUCUAUCCGAUGCAGCUAAUGCUCUGCAAAAGUAUGGUAGAUCUUUGAGAUACAUUAAACUUGCUUUACAGUCUCUUGAUGCCUAUUGCUGCCUUAUUAAUAAUUUGUCACCUGAAGUCUUAUUCUUUCUCAGUCAGUGCUUGACACUUAAUGGUGACAUUCAGUUAAUGUUAGCACAAAAUGCUAGUAAUCGAGCAGCUUACCAGGAGGAAUAUAGCUACCAAUCCAGAGAAGAUCAAGAAAUUCUACAUAGUCUCCAUAGAGAAUCUAGUUGCCAAGCUUUAAGCUGGGCUACAGAGCUUUAUUUGGAUCUCGAAUACCAACUUUCGGUUAGCUGCAAAUGCUAUGAGGCAGCAAAUGAGUUGCUGCGUUCCUGUGAACGGAAAGUUAAUGUUGUGGAGCAACAUACGCAAGUGUUAAAAAGAUUAGGCAAUAGCAGAAAUGAGGUUGGAGUUUUCUACAUGAAUCAAUCUGCCGCUAUUCAAACUGAGGGAACAGGAAGCAAGGGCAUCACAGCAUUAGAACAAGAACUUUGGAAGAAAAGCUUUUCCUACUUCGAAAAGGGAAUUCAAGACUUUGAGACCAUAGAGGAUGAAACCAAUGCGGCCUUAUUGCUUUGUAAUACUGGUAGACUGAUGAGACUUUGUGCGCAGGCACAUGCUACUACUGGAACCAAUUUGAAACGAGGGGAAUUUUCACCUGAGGAAGCCUUGUAUUAUAACAAGGCUGUGGACUAUUAUCUAAGAGCAAUGCGAUCACUCACUAGAUGGGAGAAGCAUCCAGCUGUUUGGGAUUCUGUGAAAUGGGAGCUGUCAACAACCUACUUUACAAUGGCAACACUAGAACAGGAUUAUGCUCCAUUGUCGAGAAAAGCUCAGGAACAGAUUGAGAGGGAAGUCGCCGAUUUCAUGAUGAAAUCCCUUAAGUAUUGUGAUACACACACAGAAUCUGCAAGACAACCAUUGUGUCAAUAUCGGGCUGCAACCAUUCAUCAUAGACUUGCUUCGAUGUAUCAUAAUUCCCUUAGAAACCAGGUUGGUGAUGAUCAUUUCCGUAAGCAAUACCGCAGUUUGGCUGAUCUCCAUUACAACAAGGCUGUGAAGCUGUUUCAUUUGCUGAAAGAUGCACCUUGUGAGCUUCUACGAGUUCAGUUAGAGCGGGUUGCAUUUUCAGAGUUUCAGAUGGCAAAUCAGAAUAGCAAUGCCUCAAAGUUGAAGACUCUUUCAAGUGCAUUGGACAUAGUCAUUAAUUCAGAGUAUCCAUUUCAACUGAUCCAAAGUGAACUGGCAUGUGUUCAAGCACAGCAAAGUGAUUGCCAUGAACAUCGGGAGGGAAAUGCACCUGAAAAUGAUUCUUCCACCUUUAAUGAAGAAGAGAUUCUGAAACUUGUCAACAUGUUUGAAACCCGACUCACCUUUCUUCUGUUUCAACUUAUCAAAUUGCUAACCACAAAAAGAAAAAGCAGUGGCAUCAUUGAUGAUCAGAUGGCAUUGAAAAACUACAAGUAUGCUUAUUCAACGUUACUGCGGGCAACAGCAGAUAAGGACACUUCUCUACUGCAGAGGGUGGAAGUGAUACUGAGUUUAUUAAAACAAUUAUCGAGUUAAUGACUACAAGAUGUCCUCUGACUGUUACCGUAAUUACAGCAUCAUUAGAAUAUUGCUUAUCUGUACUGACUUGAUGCUAUCUGAACAGGCAGUUAAUGCAAUAUGUUCAAACUUCACCAGGCUUCAAUGUUCUACAGAGUUAUAAUCAUACGGUGUUACUAGUCUGGAUAGUAUUCCUGCAACAAAUAAGUAUCACCUAUUUGAAGCAAUACAUUGAUUUACCAUUGGAUGUUGUAAUGACAUAAUCCAAAUCUGGGAACUUAGUCUGUUAUACUUAACCUCGCAUCGGGCAAAUUGGUAGUUAUGGUGCUCCAGUUAGCCAUGCCAUUCCCGAGUUAAGGUGUGUGGUGAAACAAUUUAUGUUUCCUGCUGCUGCUGGCUUUCCGGUAAAUGCAGAAUAAGGUUUGACAAUGGUAUCUUCACAUUUUGUAGUUACUUGAAACUUACUACCUCAAACUUGUCACAUAUGAAUGACUAUGGUGGGGAAACUGAGAUCUGUAUCCCCGUAUGCGUCACUGUCAACAAGAAAGGAGGAGGAAAAUGGUAACAAUAGCAAUUUAAAAGUUUAUUUAUAAUAUUGUUUUUUUUUUAAUUUUCAACAUGUAUGUAAAUGGAAUUUCAAAAUUUGACAGAGUUGCUACAUAAAAUAUAAACCAUGCAACGACAUGCAACGUAAAUGACACAUUCAGAAUUGUGUAGAACUAAAAGGGGCCGUAAUAAAACAUUUUGCUCUCAAAAUCAACUUGCAAGAACUACAGUGUCAUGAACUGAUAUUUGUAGUACUUUGCAAUUUACAAUAGAAUAUUCACACAAUAAUGAUAAAACAUUCUUUGCAAAGUUACUUUUCAUUUCAAAAUGAAACCAUAAGACCUGUAGAGACUUGAUCAUCUCUGGGGCAUAAAGUUGCUUUCUUCUUAGAAUGUAUAUGUUUCAGACAGGAUUUAUUUCCUAGCCUUAUUUAACUUUGAGAAGUGCAAAGCUUAUAUACAUGCUGAAGCUACUUUGACGACUACAUUAGCUAAGACUGAACCAGCAACAAGUGAAUCAUAAUACCUGUCUAAGCUAAUAAGCUGGCAAAAAUCUCGAAGGUGAUGUUUCCAGGCAGUUGUUAAAUGAGGUAAUGAGUUUGAGAAAGUGUCAAAUGAAUGUUUAGAUUUUCUGCAGUCCAUUAUGUGUAUUGUCUACCAGACGUAGAGGGGUAGUAUCUUUUUAAGUAUGAACAAAUUUCUUAUUGUUAUUUUUUUUCUUUGGGUGGUUUCUAUUUUUUUUUUUAACUUUGAAGUUGAACCCAUCCCAAGAGAAUGGUAUGUUCCAUCACAUUCCUAACUUCUGUUAUGCUCCCAACAUACAUUUGAAUUGAUAAGGAGCCUCUUGUUGAAGAACAACCAGUCUUUAUCUAAUUUGAUAGCCAUGGCACCAUUGGGGCCAAUCCAGUAAAGUUUGUGUACGUUAAUAAAUGUAAAGUGCAGGGCAGAGGGGUUUACGAGAAAGGAGCAAUAAAGUGGAGUUGACAGUCAGUGUAAUCUUUACAAGAAUGGUCAUUGCCUACUGAUGUUACUCACCACUUAAUCAACUAAAGGCCUGGGUGAUAAAUUCCAUGCAGAUGGAGAGCUUCAUUAUUGAUAUUUAGGCAAUCUACUGGCAAUGUGUGAGGAAUUAUGAGAUUCUCAAUGUGCAUGUUUUUCAUUAUGAUCACUCGCUAACUUUCUGAAAAACCUGCAGAUAAUGUACUCAAUCAAUCUAGGAAAGAUUUUUUAAAAUUGUAUGGCUUACGUUGGAACUGAUAAACAGGUCCAAUGAAAUACUUGUUACUGUAAAGCAUUGAGAUGUUCCAUCAUGAAAAGUGCUAUUUAAAAGGGUUUUUUUUUUGUGUGUGCACAUGAUAUUCUUGUGUGUUUCAACAUGUUAAAUAUCUCUAGUUUCACAAUAAACAUUGCUUUUAAUUAAAGUGUUAAAUAGUGAUAAGUUAAGAUUUUCAGGAUUUACUGUGUGCAUCUUGUAUACAGGAUUUUUGCUAACAAGUUGUAAAAUUUGUAACUAAUUGUAUAUUUGAAACAAUGUGCAAUGUUCUUUAAUGGGCAAUGUGAAUGCAAAAAAAAUGUAAAUCAGGGGUCAAUAUUUAUACUGUAACGUUAAUGUAUGAUUUGAAUGAAUAACAUGAGCAUGCAUUUGGAAUGUGCAAAGAAUUACUCUUUAAUUAGUAUGUCGAUGAAAAUUCUGUUAUUUUAUUCAUAGGUUUAUUUCCUUAUGAGCUAUUCUUCCUUUUGUAGAUUGAAUGAGACUAUUUUAUUUAGAGAACCAGUCUUCGUAAAUCCACCUUGAGAUUUGUCAGGCAGUUUGAAAAAUGUUAAGUUGAUAGAGAAAGAGGGAACACAACUAUUAGAAGUUAAAUAGAGUCUAAUUCUAUCAUCUUUUAUAAUUAGCUGUAUGGUUUCAUCAAACCUUGAGGGCUAUGUGGCAUUUCAAUAUUCAGAAAUGUAUUAUAUUUUGGAAAAAUAUUCACUCUGCUGCCAAUAGGUAUAAAUACCAUGUGACAUUCUUAAACAUAUUUAAUAAAUAAGAAAGCAACUA